AUGGCACAAGCAAUGAUGAAUUCCGUGGAAAAUCGUAAUUAUAUUCCAGCUAGCAAUGAAGGGUUAGGAUAUGCUCUACCGACAAUGCCUGACACGCAGGAUCCCAUCGGAUUUGAUCUGGGACUUUACAAUAUGCCUGAACCCAUGACAAAGGAAGAUAUGGGCAUCUUAACCACCACUCUGGAUGGCAUUGUCAACAUGCUGACUCAACUGAAAGAGUACAACACCAGAGCUGCCAAGAAAAAUGAAGAUACAGGAGCUGCCAAGAAAAGUAAACAGACAGACCCAUGUUUCAUAUGUAAAGAAUUAGGACAUUGGGCUCCAGACUGUCCCAGAAAAAAACAGAACUUAUGCUACAAGUGUGGAAAUUUUGGACAUUGGGCCCAUCAGUGUACAGAUGACAGUAUGGAAUUACUAAAAGAAGUCGAAAAACUGGAGAAAUAG